AUGAACACCACACAGAAAUACUUUCUUUUAACAGACACGGCAGCCACCCUCUUUUGGACAUAUGUUCUUGCCCGACUGGUUAUUCUAUACCCACUAACAGGUGCCCGGUUCCUCCCCGGCGGCUUGGCCGACUUCUAUCUCUCUGUUCUCGUGGGGACAUGUGCCCUGGAGCUGUUCAACUACGCGUCCAUCUUCAGACACGUACGUGGAACUCCAACUAUCUACAACGCCUUACCUAAACCGUACUGGGUGAACCUCCUCCUGACCAAUUCGACAAGACUCCUCUUGGCGUUUGUCAUUUACAACUAUCCCAAGGUGGCAAGAACAAAUGCCUUCCCCCUCUUGGUGGCGUCGCAAUCAAUCAAGGAACUGUUUCGUUGGUAUUACAACAUUGAAAAGGUCCGUCUCUAUAACAACGUGUCCAAAACUGCCGUGGCUAUAAGGAAAAUCACAUUUCUCAUUGCCACCCCAUUGGAAGCCAGCUCCAUAUUUUAUAUUUUAUUCCAAUCCUUACCUGUGGAAUCGUAUCAAGACGCAUUGCUUCCUUACGACACGCGGAUCAAGACCUUGCUGAAAGCAAUCCUGUUGGGAUACUUCCCCGCCUUCUACGCCCUGUACAAAAGAUCCAUCUACAAGUACUUUUUUGUUCAUUCUAGGGAGACCUACCAAAAGAAGCAAAAGUAG